AUGGGGGAACUGUUUUCGAUAAAGAACCUGUUCAUAUGCUCGAACGAAAGAAGCGUGGAGGAGCUGCGGACGGCCAUGGAGGGGCUCCUGAAAAAGGAGAGAGCCGAAGGGGCAGGCGGCGGGGAGAAGGAGGCAAAAGAGGAGACACAUCCAGGAGGGAAAAAAUACGAAAUGAUUAAGGACUACCUGGACGCAAAUAAAAACAACGUACUCCAUUUUGCAAUUUACGGAAAUAAUAUGAACAACGUAAAAUUUAUAAUCGAAAAUACAAAUUUGAUAAAUAGCAUUAACAGCGAAGAGCAAAAUGGACUGAUCAUCAGCGUCCUCAACAGAAACACACAAAUCUCAAAAUAUUUAAUUGAACAAAAUAUCGAUUACAAUCAGAAGGACAAACAUAAGGCGAAUGCUUUACUGUACAGUUUGAUUACACAAAAUUAUGAAAUUUUUAAUCUUCUUAUGGAAAAAAAAAAUAUUGACAUUAAUGUUAACAGUUUUGAAAAGGGGAAUUUAUUAAGUGUAUCCAUAUUUGAAAGGAACAUACAUGUGUUAAAAAAAUUGUUUAAUAAAUUUAUUUGUCCCUUCGUUGAGGGAAGCGUAUAUCCUCACCCUCUUCUCUACAUCACGUACAGCAGUGACAAUGAGCUGCUGUUCCUUUAUUUGACUUACUGCAUGUAUUAUUGUACGAAGGAUGAUGCACUUUAUAAAAUAAACACAGCGAAUUUUGACCAUUCAAGGGAGGAGAUUUACGUUGAUUUGGACCAUCGACAGGUGAUUUGCUCCAUUUGGGACAAUUCCACUUAUGACCUCAGCGCUUUUAAAGAUGUUUUAAACAUGACGGAUGAAGAUGGCACUCCUCUGUGUAGCACGUGCGUCAAUAAUGGGAACUCCCUCGGGAAAAACAUUUUCGACUACUUUAGCGCCCCGUCGUGA